UACAUAAUUUCCUUGAUUAAUGAAUCCUUCUUAAUGGGUAAUUGUUAAUUUGGGUAGGAUGACAAUGUGACGGUUUAUUUGGAGAUUGGUGCCGGUAAUCUGAAUGAGACUUGGGGCGUUGAGGCGUGUCCAAUUAUGGUAACCGUGGAGUACAAUAAGGAUAGUUUUUCCGUUCGGUUGCCAAUAAUUGGUCAAUUUACGAAUACAAGUGGGAGUGAUCAUCCCCUUAGUCGUCCCCGCACCGGCGUGGAUUUGGCAGGACCACUAUUUUUGAAAAAUGGACAGAAAGUGUGGAUUUGUUUGUUUACUUGUGCAGUGUACCGCUGUGUACAUCUUGAGCUGGUCACUGCACUCAGUACGGAGGCGUUUUUAUUGGCAUUAGAGCGGUUCAUCUCAAGACGGGGUCGACCUACAACGCUCUACAGUGACAAUGGCACGAAUUUCGUGGGUGCCGCCAACCUGUUUAAAGGAAUGGAUUGGAAAAGGAUUGUGAAAGAAACCGGAAACAGAAGAAUCCAGUGGAAGUUCAACCCUCCCACGGCAAGCUGGUGGGGAGGGUGGUGGGAACGCCUAGUGAGAAAUGUGAAGGACUUGUUGAAGAGAAUGUUGGGGAGCCGUAGAUUGGACUAUGACCAGCUCCAAUCUUGUGUGUGUUCGGUGGAGGCGGUCGUCAAUGGAAGACCUCUGACCUAUGUCACAGAGAAUGGUGGUGACUUGGUGCCUCUCACUCCUGCAAUGUUCCUGCAAGAGAUUAAGAGCAGCGCCUUCCCAGAAGCAGAAUUAUUGUCAGGAGACGAAUUACGGAAGAAGUCGAGGGGAAUUGUCGUCCUGAGAGAGGAAUUGAGGUCGAGAUUCCGGAAAGAGUAUUUAUCUCUCCUUGUGCAAAAGUCAAGCGAGAGAAAGUUGGAAGAUUUGCGCGUUGGGGAUGUGGUCCUUGUGGGCGCUGAUGGGAAGAAGAGGCUGGACUGGCCUAUGGCGAAGAUUGUGGAGUUCCUGCCAGGAAAAGAUGGAAAAGUCAGGCUCGCGAGAGUGAAGACGUUGAACGAAAUCGGGAUUCGACCACUGCAGCGGCUUUACCCACUGGAAGUCUCAUCGGAAGUGGAAGCCGAGACUUUGAAACCGGAAGUGAUAGUGAGAGCAGUGCAAGAAGCUCUGAAGACGACGACAGAAUUGGAACCAGUCCAGAGAACGAGACAAGGACGAGAAGUAAAGAAGCCCGUGCGUUUUGGAAGUGUUUUAUUUAUGUAAAUAUUGAUGUAAUAUGUAUGUAUGUUCUUUUGUUUCCACAAAAGAGGUGGGAGAAUGUUAAAAGCUGUAUGUAUGAAUUUUUAUGUAAAAAGUUAAGGAGACAAAGUGUCUCAAAUUCCCAGAUUUGAAAGGAGCGGUGUGAUUGGAUUGGAGGUUAUUCUUUAUUCUUUUUAGUGUGUUAAGUAUAUGGAGAGCACGCCGUUCUUUUUACUUACCAAGCAGACACGCAGUAGUGAAGGUGUGGAAUUUUAAGUCGUGAAAGUAGUUAUUUUUGGGUUGACAAUUAGCCAGUAAAAUUGUUUAAUAAAGUAGUAGUUUGUUUGUUAUUUA